AUGGGGAGAGCUCCUUGUUGCGACAAAGCAAAUGUAAAGAAAGGGCCAUGGUCUCCUGAAGAGGACUCCAAGCUUAAAGAUUACAUGAACAAACAUGGAACUGCAGGGAAUUGGAUUUCACUCCCUCAAAAAGCAGGUCUAAGAAGAUGUGGGAAAAGUUGCAGACUUAGAUGGGUUAAUUAUCUCAGACCAAACAUUAAACAUGGAGAAUUCAGUGAAGAAGAAGACAAGAUUAUUUGCUCUCUUUUUACUAAGAUUGGAAGCAGGUGGUCAAUGAUUUCAUCUCAAUUACCGGGAAGAACAGACAAUGAUGUUAAGAAUCACUGGAAUACUAGAUUAAACAAGAAAAUAAAUCUAGCAACACCAACACCAACACCAACACCAACACCAAAUCCAACACCUAAUUAUCAUCAUGCUUCCAUGUUCCAAACCAUUGCCAAUAACCCUAACUCAUCACCUAUGAUCGCCACUGGUUGUGAUCAUGAUCAUCAUCGUCUUCAAUCCAACAUUUCAGUUGAGCCUGCAAAUCUCUUCCCUGGAGGGGAAGGCAGCAGUACUAGCAGUUCUUUUAAUGGAAGUUCCAGUAAUAUUCAGAUGAGUAGCCUUGGAUUGGAAAAUGAGGAUAAUGAUGCUUUGCUUGCUUAUAUUGAACACGGAACAAUUUGCCUUUAG